GUGUGACGCGCGCAGUAUAAAAGCAUCCGCGGGGAGCUCCUUCAUUCCUGGUGGCUUCAGCUCUGUCGGUGGCUUUUCGGUUAAUGUGUUAAAUUCUUUCCACUUUCCCCACCCCCGUUCUUUUUUUUUCCCCUAAUAUUUACCGAGGGAGGAAAAAAAAAGUAAUUUGGGAAGGCCAAAGUCGAAUACAUCCCCCAGAAGAUGAAGACCAGGUUGCUGCUCUGCUUGUUGGUUGCCUUGGCAGCUGCAGACCCCACCGUUUAUUUUAAGGAGGAAUUUUCUGAUGGAGAUGCCUGGACACAGCGAUGGGUUGAGUCAAAGCACAAAUCUGACUAUGGAAAGUUCAAGCUGACUUCUGGCAAAUUUUACGGUGACUCCGAGAAAGACAAAGGGCUCCAGACAAGUGAGGAUGCCAGAUUCUAUGCAAUGUCUGCCAAGUUUGAACCCUUCAGUAAUGAAGGGAAGACUCUUGUUGUGCAAUUCACAGUGAAACACGAGCAAACCAUUGACUGUGGUGGUGGGUAUGUGAAGAUCUUUCCAUCAACUCUUGAUCAGACUGAUAUGCAUGGAGACUCCAACUACAAUAUUAUGUUCGGUCCUGACAUUUGUGGUCCUGGAACAAAGAAAGUCCAUGUGAUUUUCAGUUACAAAGGGAAGAAUCACUUGAUUUCCAAGGAUAUUCGUUGCAAAGAUGAUGAAUUUACACAUCUCUACACCCUAAUUGUCCGACCAGACAAUACAUAUGAGGUGAAAAUUGACAACCAAAAGGUUGAAUCUGGUAGCUUGGAAGAAGACUGGGACUUCCUUCCACCCAAGAAAAUUAAAGAUCCAGAAGCAAAGAAACCAGAAGACUGGGAUGAACGUGAAAAGAUCGAUGAUCCAGACGACAAGAAACCUGAUGACUGGGACAAACCUGAGCACAUUCCUGACCCUGAUGCCAAGAAACCUGAAGACUGGGAUGAUGAGAUGGAUGGUGAAUGGGAGCCACCUAUGAUUCAGAACAGUGAAUAUAAGGGUGAAUGGAAACCUCGUCAAAUUGAUAAUCCAGACUACAAGGGCAAAUGGAUUCACCCUGAAAUUGAUAAUCCUGAGUACACUCCAGAUUCCAACCUUUACCUUUACAAAGAUAUUGGUGUGAUUGGUCUGGAUCUCUGGCAGGUUAAAUCUGGAACAAUAUUUGAUAACUUCCUGAUCACAGAUGAUGAAAAGUUUGCUGAAAAAUUUGGAACAGAAACCUGGGGAGCAACUAAGGAGCCAGAAAAGAAAAUGAAGGAGCAACAGGAUGAAGAGGAGAGAAAGAAGAGGGAGGAGGAGGAAGAGAAGGAGAAGGAGGAUGAUGCUGAGGGGGAUGAGGAAGAGGAUGAGGAUGAAGAGAAGGAAGAAAAAGAGGAAGAGGAAGAGGAGGAAGAUGAAACAGAGACCGUUCAAAAGGAUGAGUUAUAAAGAUUGUAAUAAAUGCUGAGAAUGAAUGGCAGUAGGGCAACGUGCAGAAAAGUUACACAAAGCAAUUGGGACCCCUUAUUGGAAUGUUUUUUGUUUAUGAACAAAUUAGAAAAGAGUCAGGUUUUUAGGGUUGGGGCAGUAGGUGAACAUGAGAAUAUAUCCACUGAGGAAGGGACUACUGAAAUUUCUAAACCUUUCUUAUCAAAAAUUUGGUAACUAGAGGUCAGCUUCAUAAUGGUGGGUAGGGAAGGAUCAAACCUGAGUGGAACUUGUGCUGCUGUGUUUUGCAUCUUGAACAUGCCACAUUUAAUGAUUCUAGAAAUCAGCUGAGCACUUUUUUAUGCUGUUUUUCAACUGAGGUGUUAACUUUUUAAACUUUAAAUUUGGUCAACCCCUCAGUUUAAAAUUUGGUAGAAGCCCAUAUCUAUUUGCUUGCUGCCAAUAAUUUCCAAGUUUGGGUUCCAAUGCUGUUAGGUUAGCUUGUUUUGUGUCUUUGUCUAGGUAAACAUGAUACACUGAACAGUGUACUUGAGCAUGUUUGAGAUUCUACAGUUGAUGCCAGUUAACUUCCAGGCUGUACUGCUUUUAUAAGGUCUCUUUUUUGGUUUUUGAGAACCACUCAGUUCCCAAGUGUAACUAAAAUCUGGUGAUGGGAAUUAACAUUGGGGAUGAUCUGAUUUAAAUUGACCAAUUUCACUUCACAUCCAUUUGGGGGGGUGCCCUGUUUAACAGGCUUCAACUGUAAGUGUAAUUGUAUAGCUGCCUUUUUCCAUUCAGAACAAUUGGGUCAAGCAGGACUGCACUGGUUAUAUAAAUGGACGUUUAUCGGCUCUUUCCAAAUCCAGGGUCAACUUUGCCUUUGUAUUUUGCAUUCUUUAUAUGGGGGUUUCAAGAAAAGGAGGGGGAAAGAUUUCUUCAUUUCCAACAACAUUCAAAAGGAGACUUAAAUUCUGUACAGACCAAGUCUAAAGUUGUCAUUUUAAUCUGUUAUUUAAAUGUUGUAAAUUGGUGAUUUAAUCGAUGACUGUUUGGGGAAAACUUGUUCUGUGUGCAAUACAGAAGUAUGUUUGAUCACAUUUCUACAAUAAAUACCAAUGGAAGUGAAA